AUGUACGACGACUACCUUGCGCGUAGCGAGAACGAUCAGAUCCUUCGCAGACAGUUAGCAGAUGUGGUACAGCAUGGAGAAGUAGAGGCCAUCAUCGAAGACUUCCACAAAGAGAAAUGGGAAUACUGUCCCUUGAAUUUGACAUUGGAUAUGGCUGUCAACUUACAGGGAACCAAGGUUAUUCUUCCAUUCUGUUCGAAAAUCAAACUUCCCAGUAAGGGAGGCACUGCGUCAGUAUACUGGGUGGCGGUGCAAAAGGAUCUCGUCUCGGAUAACGCGCUCGCACUUGCCUUACAAGACUCACUCUAUAAAGACGAAGAAUUUGGAGAGUGCUAUCAGAUGGUGCUCAAAUCCUACUGCGGCAACAAGAAGCGAGACUUCGAGCUAGAAAAGGAAGCAUUCUCGGGUUUGCUGCAGUCGAGCGAUGAAGUUCCCAUAUUGCAAUACCUCGGCUCAUAUACCCAUGACUAUGGCGAGGGCGAGGGUAUGGGAAAGACAUACAAUCUAUUGUUGGAAUACGGUGAGAACGAUCUGUACCAAGCAUGGGCAGAUGAGACGAACGUUCCUCCCGUACAAGCCCAGGAGAUACUCCAGACAUGGAAGUCGCUUUUCAAAGUUGCUGAAGCCAUUCGCCACGUUCAUCAUCUCGAGAUUCUGCGAGGCAAAGGCCAACCAAGGAGAUUUCAUGGGUAUGAACCUGUCGACAUGUAA